AUGGAGUUCUUCGGACUCUUGGCAUCAUUUCAUGCAAUUUUCCUGAGGUACCCAAAUAGGUGUUCCUUCUAUAUGCAGUUCACGUGCACUUUUACAUCCUUUUGGUUCUUCUUCUCAUCACUAUUGGAAACCUACUGUGUAGGCGAUUUUCAAAGAUCGCGAAUCGAUACGAUUCUUCAUCACUGCAUCUCUUUCUAUACUAUCUGGUAUUCAUCUAUGCUGUACAACAGCUCUCACGAUUCUACAGUGCUACCGAAAUCAAGUGUGGUAUCGUGGCGUACCAAAUGUCAUGGUUCUGUGUCUCGUGCGAUGAAUGUCGCUGGAGCCGCUUUGGCGCUUCUGAUGCUUGCAGCGACGGUUCUUCGGCGUCUUCUGCUGGUUUCAUCGAUCAUCAUCUACAUAUUCCUGUUCGCUUUCUCAUUUCUUCAGUUCGCCUUUUCAAUGAAGUCCGCAUUCACGACUAAAUUGACCCAGUUGUAUUAUUAG